AUGUCUCCGCUGCGGGCCUUUCUCCCUCAUCCGGCUGCUGAGAUGGUGUCUCUGGAAGCCGCGAGAGAGAGAGGUGCACACACCCCCUGCGCGUGUUCGCCAUCUCACUCGCCUGCAGACUCGAGAGGCAGUGCGCCGUCGCGUCGCGCAUCCCUCUCGCGAGCGGCGCCUUGCGCCGCCUCGCCCUCUUCCGUCUCGUCGGUCUCUUCGGCAGUCUCUGCUCCGGUCUCCUUGGCCUCUGGGGGGGGCGCCGCGUCUGCUUCGGCGUGCCCGCUUCCCGCGCCUCUCGCGCGCCCGCCGCAUCCGCUGAUUCUCCUCUGCGGCCCUCCAUGCAGCGGGAAGGGCAGUUUGGCGACUCUGCUCUGUCGGCGCCUCGCCUUCUCACACGUGAGCACGGGCGACCUGCUGCGGCGCUUCCUGCAGCGGCGCUCCGCGCGGGCGCAGACCGAGGACGCGCGCGAGCGAGCCGGGGAAGGGAAGGCUGCAGGCGCAGAAGACGCCGCGUCGAAGAAGAGCCGCGACGACGAGUCGAGCCACGCCGACGAAGCCAGCAGAGCGCUGCAGAGCGGCGGCCUCGUCUCGGACGCGCUGAUUGUCCAGCUUCUGCACAGGGAGAUGGAGCGACUGAGUCGCAGACACGCGAAGGAAGAAGAAGAGCCCAGCCACGCGGCGCCUGAAGAGAGAGGCCGCGCACGCGGAUACCGGGGCGGAGUCGUGUUGGAGGGGUUCCCGAGGAGUGCGGAGCAGGUCGACAUGCUGUACGCGAUCAACUGCACACCAGACGCCGUUGUGUGCCUGGACGUCAAAGACACGGUACUUUUCCAGCGGAUGGGCGGGCGCCUGAUCGACCCUGAGACUGCGCAGGUCUAUGGCGCGGCGAAUCCUCCUCCGGCCGCGAUUCUGCAUCGCCUGGUGCGCCGCGACGACGACAAACAGGACGUUCUGGAGAACCGGAUUGAGCUCUACAGGCGGAGCUGGAGGGAUAUCUCCAGGCGCCUCCGCUCGCACUCGCAGUGGCGCGCGCUGCAGCAGGAAGAGCGCGCGCUUUACCGCGCAGGGCGCACGCCGGAAGACCUCGGGGGGCACACACUCGUCGAGGAACGCGAAAGAAGGAGCGUGGAGCGGCUCCAGGACGCCACGCUGCAUGCCGCCGUGGAGGCGCUCGAGCGGAAAGACGCGGAAGGAAAAACAACGGGCGAGGUGGGCGAGGAGGAGCCGCACGAAGACAUCGGAAUCAUCGACGGCAGCCGGCACAUCGAGGACGUGUACGGCGAUGUCCUCGUCUUCCUGCGGAAGAAAUUCGGUGACAAAAUCGAAGAGCAAACCCUCCAGACACCCGCCAGCUAG